AUGCAGGCGGCGGAGGGAACAAAGCCCGGCAGGAAGGUGGCGGAGUUGCUCCGAGUAACCGCGGCGCUGCCGGCUCUCCGCGGCACGUUAACGGGAGGGCAGGUUCACCCCGGCUGCUGGGCGGAACGGCCGGCCCCUGCCCGCCGCAGGGGUGACGCACGGCUCAAGGCCGGUAGCUCAGCCCUACGCCGCCCCCCGGGAGGAGGUGGCACACGCGGCCCUCCUCGGCGCCGCUCUCGGCGGGGGCUGCCCUACGGGCGGGCCGUGCCCGCGUCCCGCCCCCGGCGGGGCGGUGGCGGCGGCUACGUGCGCGGGGCGGCGCGGCGCGGCGCGGCUGGCGGUGCCGGCGCGGAGCCGCGGUUCGCCCCGAGCCCCGGCCGCGCCCAUGGCGAGCAGCAGCGGCGGCGGCAGGUAGGGCGGGCGGGCGGCGCGGGGCCCCGCUCCCCGGCCAUGGCGCAGACGGAGCCCCCGAAGGCGGCGCGGCUGUGGCGCGACGCCGCCCUGCGCGUUCGGAAGCUGCGGGGCGGCCCCGGCGAGCCCGAGCCGGAGCCGGACGAGGGGCCUCCGGGGGGGCCGCCGCCGCCCGCGGCCCGCCGCCCGCCUCUGGGAGAGCUGGAGGCGCUGAACCUGAGCGGGCGGGGGCUGGAGGAGCUGCCCGAGGAGGUGGGCGCCGCCCUGAGCGGGCUGCGGGUGCUCAGCCUGCGGCGCAACCGGCUGUGCCGCCUGCCCGCCGCCGCCCUGCGGCACCUGGGCCGCCUGGCAGAGCUGGACCUCAGCCACAACCGGCUGCGGGGCCUGGGCGACGGCAGGGCGCUGGCGGGGCUGCGGGGCCUGCGCAAGCUGAGCCUCAGCCACAACGAGCUGGGCGCCGAGAGCCCCGGCCUGCCGCCCCGCCUGGCCGAGCUGGCCCGCCUCGAGGAGCUCGACCUCAGCUUCAACCGCCUGCGCCGCCUGCCCGAGGGCUUGGGCUGCCUGCGGCACCUCCGUGCCCUCGACAUCGAUCACAACCUGCUGUCUUGCUUCCCCGCCCCGCUGCUGGAGCUUGCCGCCUUGGAGGAGCUCGACUGUUCUGGCAACCGGCACCUGGGAGCCCUGCCCGAGGGCAUUGCCGCCCUGCACCGCCUCAAGAUCCUCUGGCUGAGCGGCACGGGUCUGUCGGCCCUACCUGAGGGCCUCUGCCAGCUGGGCGCCCUGGAGAGCCUCAUGCUGGAUGGCAACCAGUUGCGGACUCUGCCCGCCGGCUUCAGUGGCUUGCAGCGGCUCAAGAUGCUGAACCUCUCCUCCAAUUUGCUGGGUGAGUUCCCCGCCGCCAUCCUGGCGCUGCCAGGGCUGGAGGAGCUCUACCUGAGCCGCAACCAGCUUGCUGUGCUGCCUCCUCACCUCUGCCAGCUCCGCCAGUUGCGCACCCUCUGGCUGGACAACAACCGCAUCCGCUACCUGCCCGACUCCAUUGUGCUCCUGCACAGCCUGGAGGAGUUGGUCCUGCAAGGCAACCAGAUCGCCAUCCUGCCCGAGGGCUUUGGGCAGCUCUCCCGCGUCACCCUGUGGAAGAUCAAAGAUAACCCCCUCAUCCAGCCUCCCUAUGAGGUCUGCAUGAAAGGCAUCCCCUACAUUGCGGCCUACCAGCAGGAGCUGGCCCACUCCCAGCCUGCCCUCAAACCCCGCCUCAAGCUGGUCCUCAUGGGUCUGAAGGACGCUGGAAAGACCCUGCUGAGACGAUGCCUGAUGGAGGAGGAUGGGCAGAAGGAGGAUGCAGGAAGCCUGGAAGCAGGGAGCGCCCAGCCCCGAGGGUGCCCUGGGCAACAGCAGGAUGGUGGGAGAGCAGUGGGAUGCUGUGCCGUCCCUGAGGAUGCUUCUGAGCGGCGGGACAUGUGCUCUCACGUGCCGUCCCACCAAGGGAAGGGAGAAAGGCCGUGCCCUGCACCCUCACUGCCUCCAAAUGCCUCCCAGGUUUCGUCAGGACUGCGACUGUCAGGCAGCAAGGGCAUUGAGGUGAUGGACUGGACUGCAGAUGCAGAGAGGGGCUUGACAUUCAUUGUGUAUGAGCUGGCAGGGGACCCGACCUACGAUGUGAUCCAGUCUUUCUUCCUUUCUCCUGGAGCGCUCUAUGUGCUGGUGGUGAAUCUGAGUGCCUACGUCCCUCAGCACUUCUACCCGUCUGUGGGCUAUUUCUUGCACUGGCUGGGUUCCAAGGUGCCCCACGCUGUGGUGUGCAUGGUGGGAACCCAUGCUGACCUCUGUGCUGAGCGGGAGUUGGAAGAGAAGUGCCUGGACAUUCAUCACCAGAUUGCCCAGCAGGAGAAGAGGGAUGCUGAGGGCCUCCAGAGCCUUGUCCAGCAGGUAGAUGAGGCUCUGGGACAGGACUUUGACCUGCGCUGCUCCAGCCCUCACACUGCCUUUUAUGGGGUCUCAGACAAGAACUUGAGGCGAAAAAAAGCCCAGUUUCAGUAUCUUCUCAACCAUCGGCCUCAGAUCCUCUCUCCUGUACUGCCUUUCAGCUGUUGGGACCACUGCCAGGUGCGUCGCCUGCGGGACAAGCUCCUCUCGGUGGCUGAGCACCGUGAUAUCUUUCCAAACCUGCACCGGGUGUUGCCCAAGUCCUGGCAAGUGCUGGAAGAGCUGCACUUCCAGCCACAGGCUCAGCAGCUGUGGCUGAGCUGGUGGGACUCUGCCCGGCUGGGCUUGCAGGCAGGCCUGACAGAGGACCGGCUCCAGAGCGCCUUGUCCUACCUGCACGAGAGCGGGAAGCUGCUCUACUUUGAGGAGCACCUCACACUGAGGGAGUACGUGUUCCACAACUUGCCGCGACUCAUCGACAUCCUCAAUGUUUUCUGCCAGCGGGAUGCCACUGUGCUGCUCCAAAAACUGCUCAGUGACACCCACGUUGAUGAGCUGAGGGCCACUCAGCUCCAUCAUUACGUGGAGGGCUUCUUGCUGCAUGGCCUCCUCCCUGCCCAUGUUAUCCGCCUCCUCCUCAAGCCCCAUAUCCAGAGCCGGGAGGACCUGCAGCUCAUCCUGGAGCUGCUGGAGAAGAUGGGGCUCUGUUACUGUGUCAACAAACCCAAAUCUAAGCCUCUAAAUGGGGCGACCGCUUGGUACAAGUUUCCCUGCUAUGUGAAGAAUGAGGUGCCCCAUGCGGAGGCGUGGAUCAAUGGUGCCAAUCUGAGUGGCCAGUCAUUUGUGGUGGAGCAGCUGCAGAUUGAGUACAGCUUUCCCUUCAUUUUCCCACCCGGCUUGUUUGCACGCUACAGCGUCCAGAUCAACAGCCACGUGGUUCAGCGCUCAGAUGGCAAAUACCAGAUCUAUGCCUACCGGGGAAAGGUGCCAGUGGUGGUGAGCUACCGGCCUGCCCGGGGAGCCCUGCAGCCAGAUACACUGUCUAUUGCUAGCCACGCAUCCCUACCAAAUAUCUGGACAGCUUGGCAAGCUAUUACUCCCUUAGUGGAAGAACUGAAUGUCCUGCUCCAGGAAUGGCCGGGCCUGUACUACACUGUGCACGUCCUCUGUUCAAAGUGCCUUAAAAGAGGGUCACCCAACCCACACAGUUUUCCAGGUUCUUGUCCUAAGCAGUGGUCAUCCGUCAUUGGGAAGACCCUAUCCUGUGCUGAUACUGAUUUCUUUGAAUGGCUCAACAUUUUUUCCUAA